AUGUACGAUACUGGUAAACCCGGCAGUCAGUUAAGUGGAAAAGGCAAAGGAACUUUUUAUCAUCCGGAUGCUGCAGUUAGUGCAUGUGGACAGCAACAUCACGAUAACGAAUUAAUUGGAUCAAUGAAUAAAGAACAAUAUGGUAAAUUUGCUAAUUCUGAUGAAUCACCAGUGUGCGGCAUAUGUAUAAAAGUCACAGGACCAAAAGGAAGUGUUAAAAAAAUUGGUAAUCUAGAUGAUGGAGUAGUGCCAAUUACUUGGGAGGGCUGUUAA